AUGGUCAACCACCAAUACCGGUACCGACCUAUGCAGGCGCCUGGGUUGGGUUGCGGGUGGCUGACGUUGUUGACGCUGUUGGCCAUGUUGACCAUGUUGACCGUGGUGGCCAGCCCCCUCCCAAGGCUGAAGGAGCGCGGUGCUCAUUACAAACCAUACACCUCUCCAAUACAGCCCAUACAGCCCAUACAGCCAUACAGCCCUACUGUCCCAACGCUGGAUUACCGAUUACGUACCGGCAACCACCGUGCGGGGACGCCCAUCACCAGCCGCGGCACGACAUUUCGAGUCCCGCGAAUGCUGAUGCACCACCGGCCCAUGCGCCGCACAAUUCGCAACCGACGCCCGCUCGCAUCCAGACGGGAUGCGCAGUUAUUGACAGAGACUCCUGACCACGACCACAACCUCCCAUCGCACGGCCAGGCAUAG